CCGUUCUCCGUUCUUUCUCAGCCCAGCACCGUCGCCGCGGAUGAGCGCGUGGCUUGGACGAGCUGGUAAAAUUUGUCAUAAUUUUACCGAAGUCAGUCAGCUAAGAGUUUUACUCGAACAACGCCGACAUGCCGGCAUAUUUUCAGCGGCCAGAAAAUGCUCUGAAACGAGCGAACGAAUUCCUUGAGGUUGGCAAAAAGCAGCCGGCCUUGGACGUUCUGUAUGAUGUCAUCAAGAGUAAGAAACACCGAACAUGGCAGAAGAUCCACGAACCCAUCAUGCUCAAGUACCUGGAGCUCUGUGUGGAUCUGCGCAAGAGCCACUUGGCCAAAGAGGGCCUCUACCAGUACAAGAACAUCUGCCAGCAGGUAAACAUCAAAUCUCUGGAGGAUGUGGUUCGGGCUUACCUGAAACUGGCAGAGGAGAAGACUGAGACCGCCAAGGAGGAGUCUCAGCAGAUGGUCCUGGACAUCGAAGACCUGGACAACAUCCAGACCCCAGAAAGUGUGCUGCUGAGUGCCGUCAGCGGCGAGGACACGCAGGAUCGUACGGAUCGUCUGCUACUCACUCCUUGGGUGAAGUUCUUGUGGGAGUCUUACCGCCAGUGCCUGGACCUGCUGAGGAACAAUUCCAAAGUGGAGCGACUGUACCAUGACAUUGCUCAGCAAGCGUUUAAGUUUUGCCUUCAGUACACCCGUAAAGCCGAGUUUCGCAAACUGUGCGACAACCUCCGAAUGCACCUGGGUCAGAUCCAGCGACACCACAACCAGAGCACCGCCAUCAACCUGAACAACCCUGAGAGCCAGUCCAUGCACCUGGAGACCCGCCUGGUGCAGCUGGACAGCGCCAUCAGCAUGGAGCUCUGGCAGGAAGCGUUUAAGGCUGUUGAGGACAUCCAUGGCCUCUUUGCUCUCUCCAAGAAGCCUCCAAAGCCUCAGCUCAUGGCGAACUACUACAACAAAGUUUCUACUGUUUUCUGGAAGUCUGGGAAUGCUCUGUUCCAUGCGUGCACUCUCCACCGUCUCUACCACCUUUCAAGGGAAAUGCGCAAGAAUCUGACCCCAGAUGAGAUGCAGAGGAUGUCCACCAGAGUCCUCCUGGCCACUCUGUCUAUUCCCAUCACUCCUGAGCGUACGGACAUCGCUCGACUGCUGGACAUGGACGGCAUCAUCGUGGAGAAGCACCGCAGGCUGGCAACUCUCCUGGGUGUUCAGUCCCCACCGACCCGCCAGAGCCUCAUGAAUGACAUGGUGAGGUUUAACCUGCUGCAGUAUGUAGUGCCUGAAGUGAAAGAGCUUUACAACUGGCUGGAGGUCGACUUUCAUCCUCUGAAGCUGAGUGGAAGAGUCACAAAGGUGUUGAACUGGGUGAGGGAUCAGGCUGAGAAGGAGGCAGAUCUGCAGCAGUACGUUCCACACCUGCAGAGUAACACCAUCCUCCGGCUGCUGCAGCAGGUGGCACAGAUCUAUCAGAGCAUCGAGUUCAGCCGUUUGGCCUCCCUGGUGCCAUUUGUGGACGCGUUUCAGCUGGAGCGCUCCAUAGUGGACGCUGCGCGGCACUGUGACCUGCAGGUUCGAAUUGACCACACGUCUCGGACGUUGAGCUUCGGCUCUGACCUGAACUACUCGACUAAAGAAGAUUCUCCCGUCGGCCCGUUCCUGCAGAACAUGCCAUCGGAGCAGAUCAGAAACCAGCUGACCGCCAUGUCUGCCUCUUUGGCUAAAGCCAUCCAGAUCAUCAAACCCACCACCAUCUUGCAAGAGCGCGAUGAGCACAAUCAGCAGGCCAUCGCGGCGUACCUGAAAAACGCCCGCAAGGACCACCAGCGCAUCCUGGCUCGCAGGCAGACCAUCGAAGAGAGGAAGGAGCGCCUGGAGAGCCUCAACAUCCAGCGGGAGAAGGAGGAGCUGGAACAACGAGAAGCCGAGAUGCAGAAAGUCCGCAAAGCCGAGGAGGAGCGCCUGCGGCAGGAGGCCAAAGAAAGAGAGAAGGAGCGCAUCAUGCAGGAGCACGAGCAGAUCAAGAAGAAAACCGUUCGUGAGCGACUGGAGCAGAUCAAGAAAACUGAACUCGGCGCCAAGGCCUUUAAGGACAUUGACAUCGAGGACCUGGAGGAGCUGGACCCUGACUAUAUUAUGGCUAAACAAGUGGAGCAACUGGAGAAGGAGAAGAAAGAACUUCAGGAGCGCUUGAAGAAUCAGGAGAAGAAGAUCGACUACUUUGAGAGGGCGAAGCGCCUGGAGGAGAUUCCUCUCAUCAAGAAAGCCUACGAGGAGCAGCGCAUCAAAGACAUGGAGCUCUGGGAGCUCCAGGAGGAGGACAGGAUCAACAACAUGAAAGUUGAGCGAGAGAAGGCUCUGGAGCACAAGAACCGCAUGUCCAGGAUGGUGGAGGACAAAGACGGCUUCUUGUCUAAAAUAACCGCCGCGCGCAGCUUCAUUUACGAGGAAAAGCUGAAAGCGUUCCAGGAGCGUUUGGUGGAGGAACGAAAGAAACGCCUGGAAGACAGAAAGAGGCAGCGCAAAGAGGACCGGCGUCACGCGUUCUACCGCCAGAAAGAGGAAGAGAGGCAGCGCAUCCACGAGGAGCAGCUCAAGAAAGAGCGUGAAGAGCGGGAGCGCCUCGAACAAGAGCGAAGAGAGGAGGAGGAGAGGGAGUACCAGGAGCGUCUACGGAAACUGGAGGAGCAGGAGCGCACGCAGCGCGCUCGCCAGCAGGAGAUCGAGGAGCGAGAACGCCUCCGCGAGGAAAAGAGACGGGUUCCGCCGGAAGAAAAAGAGAAGGACUGGGGCGAGAAGGACGAGACGGGUUGGAGACGGCGCACCGAAGGAGGGGAAUCAGAAUGGCGGCGUCCCGUUCCUGACAGGGACUGGAGACAAAAAGGCCGAGACGAUGAUAAAGAAGACAAGCCUCCGUUCAAGGGAGGAGAGGACAAAGGACCUCAUCAAGGUUUUGAUGAGGAUCAAGGUCAACGUGGAACUGGCGAUGAUGAGCGUCCUCCACGCAGAGGAAUGGAUGAUGACCGUGGACCACGGCGGGUGUUUGACGAUGACCGCGGUCCAAGACGUGGCUUUGAUGAUGACCGCGGUCCAAGACGUGGCUUUGAUGAUGACCGCGGUCCAAGACGUGGCUUUGAUGAUGACCGCGGUCCAAGGCGUGGCUUUGACGAUGACCGCGGUCCAAGGCGUGGCUUUGACGAUGACCGCGGCCCGCGACGUGGCUUUGACGAUGACCGCGGCCCGAGGCGUGGCUUCGAUGACGACCGCGGCCCGAGGCGUGGCUUUGACGAUGAUAGAGGUCCUCGUAGAGGCCUGGAUGACUCCAGGCCUUCCAGGCGAGGAGCAGACGAUGACUGGGGCCCUAGAAGAGGAGGGGAUGAUGACAGAGUUGGUAGGAGAGGUAUGGACGAUGGUCCACGUCGUGGUGGGGAUGAUGAUGCCAAACCCUGGAAGCCCCUCGGUAGACCUGGUGGCUGGCGAGAGCGAGAAAAGGCUCGAGAAGAGAGCUGGGGACCUCCUCGUGGUGAGACUCAUGAUAGCGAUGACGACGGUGAAGGGGAGGAAAGGUCCAGUUUCAGAGACCGUCGUCCGCAAAGAGAGGAGAGCGGCUGGAGGAGAGGAGGCACAGAAGAAGGAGGUUGGAGAGAGUCUUUCAAAGAAGACACGGACCGCACCAAUCGUGACCGCGAGGAUCGCAACGUAGCACGCCGUGACCGAGACCGCCGCGAUGAUCGAGACAACAGAGGUCCACCCAGAGAUCAGGAAGAAGGUGGUGGCUCCUGGCGUCGAGGAGGUGAAGAUAGACAAGAGGACCGGGAUCGGCCCAGGGAGCGGGAGCGUGACCGGGAGGCUGAUGGGGAGAAGAGCGCUUGGCGUACUGAGAAGGAAGCUCCUCGUCGCACCAAAAACGAGACGGACGACGACGGCUGGACGACCGUUCGUCGCUGAGCAGCAUAAAUCUUAUUCCCGAGUCGUCCACAACGUUGAAUUAGUUGCUACCCAUAAUCUUUUGGUUUGUAGCUUGUAGUUUUCUUUGAGGUUUAUUUUAUCUUUCAUGUCAAAACAAUUCUUCGAACCCGUCUCCCCUCCACAUCUGAAACUUCGUUAAUCAGCUUCUCGGCCUCGGGCGAUCUUCUAAACAGCCCAGUGGUUAAAAGUUUUAUUCUUGCUUGAAGUCAAAAUAAACGGACCUGUUGGGACUUCCCUGCAAACCUGAAUAAUGAGAUAUUACAAACCCAUUCUAACAUCACUGUAAGCAUCUGUUUCCAUGAUGACUUGGUGGAUUAUACUUUAACAUCCAGCUUCUGACUGCUGCUGGUCUGAAACCAGUUUGUGUACAGAUGAAGCAUUUAUUAAUAAAGAUGUUUGCUCACCA